UCUUGAGCGGAGCAGACUCGGGGCGGGGCGCACUUACGGCGCAGCAGCUCGGGGCGUGGUCAGGGCGGGGCCCGGCCGGCGGGAAGGCGGAAGGACACUUUGGACUUUGCGCCUCGGAAUCUCACCUAUAAGAUCCCGAAGCCCCUUGGCCCAGAACGCCCGAGACUGCAGAAUGGAGGCCGGGCUGCUAUGGUUCUGCAACUGGAGCACGCUGGGCGUGUGCGCCGCACUCAAGCUGCCGCAGAUCUACGCGCAGCUGGCGGCGCGCAGCGCGCGGGGCAUCAGCCUCCCUAGUUUACUUUUGGAGCUGGUGGGGUUCCUGGUCUUCCUUCGUUAUCAACAUUACUAUGGGAACCCACUGCUCACCUACCUGGAAUAUCCCAUUCUCAUAGCACAAGACAUUGUCCUCCUGCUCUUCGUCUUUCAUUUCAAUGGGAACGUGAAGCAAGCCUUACCAUACAUGGCCAUAUUUGUGUCUUCUUGGUUCAUCCUCAGCCUGCAGAAAUGGAUCAUCGACUUGGCCAUGAACUUAUGCACAGUCAUUAGUGCAGCCAGUAAGUUUGCCCAGCUCCAGUAUUUGUGGAAGGCACAAGAUUCGGGAGCUGUGAGCGCACUGACCUGGGGCCUCUCUGCCUACACCUCUGCAACAAGAAUAAUAACAACUUUAAUGACCACCAAUGACUUGACAGCUUUCAGAUCUACAUAAAAAGCAAAUCUACAUCAGCCUAGUCAAAGUGAGCAAGACACACAGUGCACAGCAAGCAGGGUCUUCCCAUCGAUCUAGAGCUGCUGCCCACCAGGACACACCAGCGUCGAAACAGCAGGCUUCUGUGUAAUGACCUCAAAACCCACUUCAGUUACAACUCAUGGAGAGUAAAAAUUCUUCCACACUGAUAAACAAAAUCAGAAAAUAUAAACAGGUUUUAUGUGUCCGGAAUUAUAGGCAUGUUCACCCCUACAACUCCUGAAGGAAAAUGGCUACAGUUAAAUCAGAAGCCAAAGGAACCAUAUUCAAAAGCAAUAAUUACCUUUUUAACCCAUCCAAACUUUUUAGUGUUGUUCCGUACAGGCAAUGACAACCAUCCUUCUAAUCUUGAUUCUAUAAGUAAGCAUAACAAGAGAAUAAAUAAACCAACUCUCCCCUGACAAUUAAGAAUUUAGUAAAAUUUUAAUGCAGAAGUCACCAGCUAGUCAAAUCUGCCCUUUGGAAUUUAGACUAUACAAUUCCUGGGAUACUGUAAUAACACAUAAUGAGUAGAAGCAUGAACAAAAUCCAGGUCACAUGACAUCAGAAAUAAAUAUUCAGAAUUAUAGCAUCCAAUGCUCCAUUGAUAAACCUCAUGCACAGGCAAAAUUCACAACACACGAGCCACUGAGUUCUUUUCUGCAAGUCUACAUUGGCCCUUGAUUCUCCCUGUAGAGACCAAGCUAACUAGAGGUGUACCACAUAUAUACCCACAUAUAUACUCAUAUAUAUUCAUUUAUAUUCAUAUAAAUGAAUACCUGUUCAGAAAUCAGAAAUUUCAGAAUGGCUAUCCUCAUUGUGUAAAAUACAGAACUAACUUGUUUAAGAAGCAACAGUAUAACCAAGAUUUCUAAGCUCCAAAAUAUCAAAAUCAGUAAAACUCUAUAAUGAACAAAAGAAAGUAUCUUAAGUCAUUAGACUCUGUGCUAAUAAAUUUGAUCCUAGUUUUCAAAUGAAAUUGGCAGAGGGGAUGCAAUUCUAAGAGAAUAUUCUAAUAAUCAAAUCAUUACAGGUUUAAACUACUAUGCACUAACUGUACUAGAUACUUAAGUUCUCUGUCUGCACAGCUCCACACAACAGAAUUCUAUCCCUUAUGUAGACAAGGAAACAGGAAUCUACAGAGAUCAGUGAGUUUAGAAGACACGUAUAGGAGUCUCCAGGCAUUUCACCUGGGAGGCUUUUCAGAGUGAAAACUAAGCCAAAUUGUUUCAUGUGUUCUCUGAAGGCUUAGUACACUGUGGACAUGAAAACAUAGUGAACACCUCAAUACAGUCUAUGAAACGGGUCAUGUAUUUUUAUAUUCUGUCACUCUUGAUGUAGAACUACAGAAAUGUCUGAAAGUAGAUGAAGCCAUGCACUUUCAAGGAUAUAGAACAUACUGCUUUGUUUCUGGAAAAUUGGCAAAAAUCAAGCGAUCUAGCAAAUUUAACCACAAGCUAUUUGAAAAAUGCCUUAAAGGCAAAUUAUAGCUCAUGCAACAGUUUAAUUUUUCUGCAUCUAAACAGCAUGUUGGAAUGAGUAGAUGUUAGUUGAAUGUUAUAAUUUUAAAAAAGACAAAUUAAGUAGCUGGGAGAACUCCAAAGACAGUAAGAUUUUUUUUCAGAUAUCACCUGUACUAAUAGGCUCCGAUGAACUAGGUAAGUAAGGCAAGGAAUCUUCUUCAGAGUCAGAGUCAAGAAGCAUGUGAGAACUGGAGGGCUUAGUGGCAAUACUGAGAGAGGUAGAGGACCGCUGGUAGGUGAAGGACAUGGAUUCCAUAGUGUGUGACUGAGUGAUAUGGACUAAAUACCCACAAGCAAGAAAGUGAGGCAGAGAGAAGAAAAAAGUGAAAACGUAAAAAAAAAGAUAAGCACUACAUAUGAGUUACAUUCCUAAACAUCUAGAAUUUAUUGUUUGCUUUUAAUCAAACUAGUCCAAAUGAUCACGUGAAUCCCACUCUAAGAAGUAGGCUUUCCCUUAAAGAAAUGGCAAACCUUUUUCUUAAAAGUAAAGUCAUUCAUGGAAUUAAAGCAAUCACCUGACUUAAAUUUAAGGCAAAUGCAAGGACCAAGGACGUGUACCUGGAAAUCCAUCAUCAGGCUCAGCAUCGCCUGGGCCACUGCCUAUACUGGAACUGUCCAUACCAAUAUGCAAGGCCUGAAGCUGCGACCGAAGCUGUUCAAUAUCACUGUCUUUACUGUCCAGGGUCAUCUGGAGUUCUAUUCGAAUUUGGCUCUCUUCAGCUAUUUGCUGUAAGAAAAUGUAUUAAGAGAUGAAAUGUACAUUGUAAUUGUGAGUCACAGUUCAGUAAUAAAUACUAAUAGAAAUGUUCUGCAAA